UCAACUCUCACUUCCUCACCAACUGCAUAAAAGAGUGCAGAGACGUUGAGCUCGAGACAAACAUGUUCAUGGUAAUCGGCUGUUCUUUGUGUGACACGGAUCUCCAGAUGGGCUUUACAUUGAGAGAUUGUGAUUCCUUGAUUUAAAGAAUAUAUAUAAGAAAUGGCUAUUGGAGUGAAAGAGGAAAAAACAAUGCAAAGAAGAGGAUUUACAUGUUUCAAACUGAGUUUUUUCUUUUUCUUGCUGAACAUCAGCAGUUCUGCUUUACCAGUGAAAGGAUUUUACUUGAAGUCUUGCCGAAUCAGUGACGUUAACGCCUUAUGUUCGAGGCUUCAUCUCCAAGCUGUUCCUCGAGAUAUUCCCUCAACGGUUCAAGGUUUUGACUUAUCUGAGAACAAGAUUUCAGCGAUACAGGCAUCCGAUUUCAAAAACUUUUCCGUUUUGAUAACGUUAGAUCUGAAACGCAACGUCAUUUCACAGAUACACACCGGCGCCUUUGCCGACCUGAUUUCCCUUAAGAGAUUAACUCUAAACAAUAACAGGCUCACUGCCAUCAGGGAUGAUGUCUUUCACGGUUUGAGCAGCCUCACAGAGCUCAGAAUCAACAAUAAUCGCAUCAGGAACGUCUCCUCCACCUCUUUUAAGUCCUUGACAAGCUUGACAUUUUUGGACUUCUCCUAUAACCAACUGCACCACUUGAGCAAGGUUCACACUAUAUUACAGCAGCUGCCCAAUCUGCUGGAGCUGUCAGUAAAAAGCAACCUCAUAACCUCUUUCUCUUCGUGGGAACUGACCAACAGCUCGCUGAAACUCAACUCCCUCGACUUGUCUCAAAAUAACAUCGCUGUCUUCAGGGUCACCGCUGACGUCUUCCCGAACCUCACCAGGUUAAACAUCGGCCGCAUUGCUUCCAAAAAGAGUACGAUGCUGUGGGACAUCCGUAAAAACACUUUUUUCAGUUACCUGUCUACUCUCGAUAUCAGCGGGCUUAAAAUGGACAACAACUCCAUGAGAGCGUUAGAAGGGAACUUCAACCCCUCGCUGACGUCCCUGAGGAUGAACGCGAUGAGGGGUACCCGACUUACGAAGCUAGUCAACGUCUCCUGCUCCAUCCCAACAGUGUCUAGCCUCCAACUGCGGCAGAACGACCUACACUAUAUCAACGCGCAAUUCUUCCAGCUGUGCGCCAACAUAACAGAGAUGGAUUUAGGCCAGAAUACGAUUAAAAAUAUCUCUUACGAGGCCUUCAGAUCGCUGCCGGGGUUGAAGAUCUUAAAUCUGAGUCUAAAUAAACUUUAUUCUGUUCAACCUGCCACAAGCAACCUGCCGACUCUCGAAGAGCUGGACCUCAGCCAGAAUUACAUCGCAGCGCUCGGAUGCAACAGUUUCGCCAAUCUGACCAUGUUGAAAAUUCUCAGCCUUCAUCGGAAUUCCAUCACAGUUCUAAAAAAGUGCGUCUUCGAGGGUUUGAUCAAAUUGCAAGUUUUGAAACUACAGAAUAACAGCAUUUCCAAAUUAGACGGCGCCUUUACGAUCCACUUGCCAAAUCUAAAACAACUGCGUUUGAAUAUAAAUAAACUCACUGUCAUUAAACGCAGAGAUUUUGCAGGGUUGCAGUCACUGGAGAACUUGACAUUAGACAAUAAUCUGAUCGACAAAAUGGAAUUUGGGUCUUUUUCUGGAUUAAGCAAUCUUACAGAUCUUCAGCUGAGCAAAAAUAAAAUUGACGAAACCACACUUCGCGACCGUUUCCACGAUCUGAUCAAUUUAAACAGAUUGGAUUUGAGUGAAAAUAGGAUUCAAUUUAAGAAUCAAUUUUUGAGUCAUCCACCAUUUUCUCAGCUGUCCCGUCUGGAGAACUUGUUGUUUCUUGGAAAUGGCCGCAGGGGGAAGUCUUUGCUGCCGUACAACCUCCUUCAAGGUUUGACGAAUCUUUUGCUUUUCAGCGGCAGGAAAAAUCAACUUUUGUCCUUGCACAAAGACACUUUUUCGUACACCCCGCGGCUGCAAACACUUGACAUCAGCGCCAAUGACUUCAGGGAUCUCUCCUCGGUGUUGUUUGACCCGAUACAAGGCCUUGAGAACCUCUACAUUUCCAAAACAAGUCUUGACUCUUUAGAUUUUCUCAUACAAGCCAACCUCUCUAAGCUGGAGUUCCUGCAGGGAAAAUUGAAUCAAUAUUCAGUUUUAAGAGAGGAAGUCAUCAAGUCCGUGCCGUCCCUUGUUUACAUCAAUCUUGAAGGCAACAGCUUCACCUGUGACUGCGACAACGCUUUUUUCCGUAGUUGGAUAGUUAACAACAAGCAAACGCAAGUAUACGAAGCUGACAAGUUUGUGUGCAACUAUCCUGUAGACCUUAAAGGUAUGAAACUGUUAAACCUCGACGUCAGGUCCUGCACAGUGAACACAGAGUUCAUCUACUUCAUCUCCACUGCCUGCACGAUCCUCCUCUUCAUGUUGACGUCCUUCACCUACCAUUUCCUGAGGUGGCAGCUGGCCUACGCCUACUACCUCUUCCUGGCUCUGCUCUUCGACACUAAGCUUAAAAACAAGCAACAACCCAACCAGUACGACGCCUUCGUCUCUUACAACUCCAGCGAUGAGCCGUGGGUCAUGCGGGAGCUGUUGCCGAAGCUGGAAGGGGAGCAGGGCUGGAGGUUGUGUCUGCACCAUCGGGACUUUGAGCCAGGUAAACCCAUCGUAGACAACAUCACAGAUGCCAUCUAUGGGAGCAGGAAGACCAUCUGCGUGAUCAGUCGCAGGUACCUGGAUAGUGAGUGGUGCUCCAGAGAGAUCCAGGUGGCCAGCUUCCGUCUGUUCGACGAGCAGAAGGACGUGCUGGUCCUGGUGUUCCUGGAGGACAUCCCCAUGGCCGAGCUGUCUCCUUACUACCGCAUGAGGAAGCUGCUGAAGAGGCGCACCUACCUGAGCUGGGCUCGAGCCGGGAAGCACCCCAAUCUGUUCUGGGAGAAAUUGGGCCAGGCUCUGAGGACCAAAGAAGAUCCCGGCGAGGAGAACUUCGUCGCCACCCUGCUGGGAAGGCCGUGAAGGAGGGUAAACGCAACGCGUGGAGGUCAGGUCUACGAUUGGAUGUAGAUUGUUGUAAUGGUAAAAUAUGUUAUAACAUAGUCUUAUUCUAAAAGAGUGAUUAGUGUCUGUAUUAAAGUAAUGUGAGAAGUUGUUGUUUUGCAGCUGUGUAAAGGAGGACACUCUCACAAAUGCUCGAACAAAGGAACUCUGUUACCAUUCAUCUUAAUCUUCUAAUCUCAACUUGGUUUGCAACAUUUCAUACCUGCCACUGAUGAUGACCUUCAUGUGUGUGUAUAAAAGCUUAGCAUUUCCACUUCUCGAAUACGCCAUCUCCACAGAGCAUCGUAAUACGUGCUUGUGUAUUUUACCUUCUGCUUGCAAGCAAUAAAUGGACUUUUUGCAACUUUAAUCACUCAUCAAGACUCAACCCAGAAACAAAUCAUUCUCUUCUUCCGAACUUUUAUCGAAGUAUACCACAUCACUGUACAUGUGGUUAUUUAGAAAUGAAGCCCCCAAUAUAGCUUCUGUUUGGUAAAUAGGCAACGACAUUUGUAAAAAUGUAUAAAUUGGAAAUUCUUUUUUACGUUUUAGAUGUACAUCUUGGUGUUUGUUUCACCCUUAUGGCAAACUUCAAACACAUGGACUCAUUUCCCCCAAAGUUUUUAAAUGUAAUAAAUCUGUGCAGUAGACAUUUUGGGGACAUGUGAUGCAAAAUAAAUACAUAAUUGUUGAUUUUAAAAUCUUCAAAAAAGAUGGAUUAAGGUUAUAGAAACGAUAGAAGCAGGUAUGCUCUAUGUUGAGGGGUUUAACAUGAAGAAAUGAGUAUUACUCUGAUUGAAAUUCUCACUUUAAUAAUUAUUGUAAAGUGAUUUUUUGAAUGACCUCAUAUUUAUAAAAUGUAUCUCUAAAUAAUUCCUUUUAAGUACAUUUUUCACAUAUAAUAAUGAUGUUUUGACAUGUGGAAAUGAAACCCAU